GCAUGAUCUGAUGUGAUAGCUCCAAAGAGGUUCCUAAUGGUUUAGUUAAUUUGUCUGUCACGGCGGUCACAGGACUCCCAGGAACAUUAUAUAUUUCACUGAACGGUUUCAUCAAUCAUCGGCAAUAUUCCUAACCGUGGGGAUCUCCGCUUUGUUUUAUGCCAUAAUAUUCAAAAUGGCGGAUGGCAAAUAUAAUUCCGAUAUCAAUUCAUAUAGAUUAAUUCAUGAUAUCAGUCUUGAUAAUUUUCAAAGUGAAGACAUCUUGUACGAUACCAACGACUUUGCGAAUAAAUCCGUGAUUGAAACUGAAAUCUUGGAUGUUGGAUUUAAUAAUGAUAAAUUCAAAAUGACACCUGAACACAAAAGGUAUUCCCCAAAGAGUCAGUCAGUCACAACCCAACUUAAGGCUGAUAUGGUUAAAUUGGAUAUUUUGGACAACGAUGAUGAAUUCAGUGAACCCGUACCAAAACAGAUAUUGAAUAUAUUGAAAGAUGAAUCCAAGACUGAUAAGAAAUUCUAUAUUGGAGGGAAUGAGGAAAAAGCACCAUCAGUGUCAUCAUUGUCGUCAUCGUCUACCUCCUCGUCUAGUCAGAAAAGAGGAAAUGGUAGAAAACUACCAGCAAUUCCAGUACCCCCCGCUGAAGGUAAUUUACAAAAUGAAAUAGAACAAGCCGAGAAAGCCAAGACAGAAGAAGAUACCAAGAAAGAAGAAGAGUAUGGAUACUCACCAGAACAGUGCCCUCCUACAGUCACCAUAAUUCCAACCGAAUCCCCAGGAUUUCAUUUUGAUUCCAUUAGUAGAGAAAAUCGACCCAUGCUGUCAGCCGGUAACUUGUUGCUCCUUGAAGACUCGAUCAACGAAGAGAAAUCCAGCAAAACAGCAAAGUUGAAGAAUUUAUUUAAUAAAUCCGAUGUUGCUCCAACUACUGAAUCUCCCAAGAAGAAAAGUGACUUCACCCUGGCAACGCUGUGCAUCGAUGGAGAAAUCAAGCAACAGACACACUUAGUGAUGUUUCGUUUUCUACCGAGGCAUGAAGAUGAAAUUGAACUUGAUAUUGGUGACCCUAUAUAUGUAGAGAAUAUGUGUGAUGACCUCUGGUAUGAGGGCGUUAACUUGCGAAACGGUUGUGAGGGAUGUUUUCCGGGCGUCUAUGUUCGGGAAAUAUCGGAGGAUACUGAAAGUGAACCAGGGCUAAAUGGUAAGAAGUGUUUCUUAGAUACAUUCCUAAUGAAGUUUUUAGGUUCUGUCGAAGUGCCAAUACAUAAAGGAAAUGACAUUCUUUGCAAAGCGAUGCAAAAGAUAGUGACAGCGAGGAGAAUGACUAUUGCAAGUAGUCCCCCUACACUUUGCUUAAUGGAGAUAAGUAACCGAGGAAUUAAAAUGACUGAUCAAUCAAAACCUAAAAUACUACUCGGGAAAGGAAGUAAAAAACAACAUGAUCAUUUUUUCUCUUUGAAAAAUGUUUCUUUCUGUGGAUAUCAUCCAAAAAAUGACAGAUAUUUUGGGUUUAUUACCAAACAUCCUUCAGAAAGAAGAUUUGCUUGUCAUGUAUAUAUUUCAGAAGAAGGCACUUCAUCAAAACCAGUGGCUGAGUCUGUAGGAAGAGCAUUUCGAAGAUUCUAUGAUGAGUUUCUGGAAUACACAAACCCAACUGAAGACAUUUACAUGGAAUGA